ACAAAAGUCAAAAUCUUGACAUUUCCGUGUUUACCCUUUUAAAAUGACCGAAAUACAGCCGCUCACGAGCGAAACCGCCAUCGAAAUACUCAACAAAACCAUAAAAGAACUGAACACGCCGGAAAACGCGAAAAAGCUGGAAGAAGCGCGAACGGACGUGGGCAACGAAAUGCUUAAAAUGCUUCAGUACGUUUUUCCUUUAGUUCUCGCGGUGCAAGUUGAUAUCAUCAGGAAUUACGGCUACCCCGAAGGCAGAGAGGGGGUUAUUAAGUUUGCGCAAAGUAUAAGGGUUCUGGAAAGAGAAGAUGUGGAAGUGGCAAGGCUGCAUAGUUUGGUUAAGGCCUAUUAUUUGCCUCCAGUUUCUGUAGCUGCCACUAAUGAAGAAGAAAGAACCAGCAGUAACUAAGACAAAUUAUAUUUUUUGUCAGGUUUCGCAUUUACAUAGAAGUCAAGAAGGCUUUG